UCAACCGGCGAUACUUCACGAGAUUUUGGCCGUAGCUGUAUUCCUUCUAGCCACAACCCACGUUGUCCGACCAACUCCGACAAACAAAACAGUCCGACAAAUCAGGAAUAGUGGGAGUAACAUCGACGAUUAACGUGAAAAUGGUGAAAAUAUGCUCGUAUGGGACGUGCAACACAGACAGCAGGUACCCAGAAAGCCUGGGCAAUAUACAAUUUUAUCCGUUCCCCAAACCUAUCACGAACCUGGAGAAGUGUAUGAAAUGGAUAGGUUUGUGUGGACGGCCUCACCAUCAACUGAAUGUGGACAAGCUGAGAAACCAUUCUAAAGCCAAACACAUCUAUGUGUGCUCAAAGCACUUCGUUGACGGUCGACCGACACCCGAUAACCCUGAUCCUCUGCCUGCGUUGACAGAUGGCCAAAGCAAACGCGUAAGACGUUCGUCAAAGAUGCGAACUGUGUCAGUGCCUCAAAGGAAAAUACAACAAGCUGACAGCAUUCCAGACAAUGUUGAAAUCAUCAGAGUCGGGUGUGAUCAACAAGGUGUUUCCAUGGAUAUUAAAGAAGAGAUGGCAACAGAAUCAUUAAUAGAGGACCCCACUACAGAGCAGAGCACUAUAGGCAUUAAAAUUGAGCACACGGAUGACCAACCCCAGAUGAGAGUAAAACAAGAAGAAGAAGAAGAAGAAGAAGUGGAAAGACUGAAGGCUCUUCUUGCUGAAAAAGAACAAGAAAAUGACCUGCUAAGGGAGAAAAUACGAGCUUUUCAGGCAACUUACCCAUUAACACCAGAGAUCAUAAAUAACAGCAGUGUCCCUAACUACUUCAGACACUGCACUGGGUUCACUUACGAUGAGUUUAACAAACUGUGCAAAUUUUUCAGAUUACCAUAUAAAAAAACGGUCCCACAAACACACAUCCCGUCAUAUGAUAAACUGAACGGGUACAUCCGCCUUAUGCCUUUACGUCAACAGUUUCUACUUGUGCUUAUAAAACUAAGACAAAACUUCCAUGUUAAAGACCUUGCUUUCAAAUUUCAAAUUGAUAUGCAAAUCAUCAGCACUUUAUUCAGUUCAUGGAUUGACUUCAUGUAUGACAGGCUAGGUAGUGAGCCUGUCUGGUCACACAGGGACAUCAUAGCAAAAAACAUGCCAGACGACUACAAAGCAGAAUUUCCAACAACUUUUGCAAUUCUUGAUUGCGCAGAGAUAAAGAUAGAGAAACCCAGCUCAUUGUUAGUGCAAAAUCAGACUUAUUCAACUUAUAAGCCUACAAACACAUUGAAGUCUUUAAUAGCCUGUGACCCUUGUGGCUCCAUUAUGUUUGCGUCUACACUUUACCCGGGAACCAUUUCUAACCAAGAGCUAUUUAGACAGAGCAAAAUCAAAGAUUUACUGGAAGAUCUGCAUCAGCGUGGCUACCUUAAGGAUGGUGAUGGGCUUAUGGUGGAUAAAGGGUUUCUGAUUGAGAAUAAUGUGAAGGAGCUUGGCUUUAUACUAAACAUUCCUCCAUUAGCAAAUCUUCAAAUGCCAGUCUCGGAUGUUGAGAUGACAAAGAAAAUAGCGGAACACCGAGUGCAUGUAGAAAGAGCAAUAGCCAAAGUCCAAAAAUUUAAAAUAGUAUCUGGUCAGAUCUCUAAUUCUAUGUUAGAAAAUAUAAAUCGGAUAUGGUUUGUGGUGUGCAUGUUGUCUAAUUUUCAACAACACAUCAUUCAGGCAUAGGUUGCACAACAAAAAUAUAUAUUUUAUAGAAUGCUAUAACUGGACAGUUGACGGCACCCAUUUACUUCCUUUAACUUAUGUGGCCAUGAUUUCUGUUUGUUAUUUAAACUAUUUUGCAUUUUGUAUCCCAUCUUUAACAAUCCAAACGUGUAUAUUUUUAUAUUUUCUUGUUAUAUUGUAAAUAUUUUGUGUAAUAAACUGGCUGCCCACAAAUCAGUUCCACUAUUUCCAGAAAAACAAUUGUGAUUUUUCUAACUAGGAUACCAUGCACGCUUAAUAUUAAAUUGAUAAGUUCUCAAGUAAAUAAUCAAGUAUAAAAUAAGAACAGAGAAACAAAAUAAAAUAUGAACGAUAAGUACAAAGUCAACAUGCAUACAGUGCUUUAAUGAGGUACGGUUUGUUUUUUUGAUGAACACUGACAGCUGAAACUUAUACAGGAAUGCAUGGAUCCAAUAACCACACGUCCAAAACUACCUUUUCCCUAAAAUGCAUUAUAUAACAGUCUAUGUGUUGCUGAUAUUUUGCUGAUGGAGUGUAUGUGUGCGUUCAAGUGCAAAACCUGAAGAGAGAAAGGCGUGCUGUCUUUUAUCUGUAUCAAGUUUUAAUCCAUCACUGCUUUACCUGGUAGCUCAAAGCAUUUCACCUAUGCUACUUCUAAUAGUGGCCUGUUUGCUAAGUAGCUCAUAGAUGUCCCUGUCAAUCCUUUCAGUAACUUCAAAUCCUUAUCUGUCACUUCAGACAAAGCCUGCAAUGUACAAAAUUCAUGUCUACUUGUCUCAUAAAUGUCCAGAUAACUGGUACUCCAAAGCCACAGUAAAUUACAUGACUUGUCAUAUUUCAUUAUUUAUAAGGCAUUAAAAACAACCUAUCAUUGCUGUAGUGACAGAAGAUAGAUUUCCAUUUUCUGUUUGCCUUCGCCACCACAAUAUCUGUUACUGGCAGCUGUCUUAUUUUUCUGCUGUGGAGGACUAAGCUGACAUACUACCAAUAUUUCUGGCUUUACAGGGUUGUGGCUAGAAGGGAUACAGCUACAGACAAAAUUUCACUGUUUUCAUCCUGAUCCUACCCCCCAAAUUUAACAUUAAAGGGACACUUCACCCAUUUGCAUUAAGCUUUGUAUAGUUAGAACCCCAGACAUGUUUUUGAAUGGUCAUGCAUCAUUUCCUCAGUUGCCGCUGAGACAGGAGAAAUACAGAUUUCAGUGUUGCACUUCCUUCUUUCAAUGAUGUAAAAAUCAUCAUUUUGCAUCAUUGAAAGAAGGAAGUGCAAUGUCUUUGUUGAGGGAGUGAGACUACAAACACCCCUUUUCUCGGUCAAAUAGGCACCAAAUUCUAAAUGUAUGUUACAUUUCGACUACAAAUAUGACACACUUUCAAUAAAGAUUAAUGUUUCUACGGGUGAAAUGCUCCUUUAAACCCAACAUUACAUGGGAUUUAGGCAGUAGGUGCAUCUUAUCUUAAUAUAUAUCAGUGCCUUUGUUUUGUCUCAAGAUGCACACCAAUGUUGUUUUUCGUAAGGUAUGUUUGAAACUAAAAACUAUAUGAAUGUCCUAAAACAACUAAGGCCUAGUCCUGGAUAGGGCUGGGCAAAAAAAUCGAUUUUUCGAUUAAUCGUUUUUUAAAACGUGGUCGAUUCAGAAUCGAUUCUCAAAGAGCAGAAUCGAUUUUUUUCUUUCAUAUUUAUUUCUGCAGACAUUGAACGAAAGAUUAACAUUAAUCGAAUUACUAGUCUUCUUCACUAGAUGUCACCCUCUUUUUUGUCUAGCGCAUGUUACCAAGGAGCAAGAGGCAAGCCUGUCAUUCAUUAAUUCAGUGCUUAAAAUGGCGGUUUCAGGUGCUUCAUCGAUUUUAUUAAUUACCUACUUGUAACCUGCUGUUCACUGUUCUUUUUAUUAAUAUAGUAUUUGAAUUAAAUCUAUAUUCAUUUAAUAGAGUAUAAAUAGAGUUGAAUAGAGUAUAAAAACCGGUCCGAGAACCAGAAUCGGAAAUUGAAUCGAGAAUCGAAAUCGAAUCGAUUUGGUAGCUUGUGAAUCGAAAUCGAAUCGAUCUGGAAAAUCUGAAUCGAUACCCAGCCCUAGUCCUGGAUUAAUCUAAACCCUGUAUGAGAAACUACCCCUUUGUUAAUUUAGUACAAAUUUAGUGUGUGAAAAUAGUUUAUUUACUAAGUGUACCUAAAGUGUAUUUUAGUGUCUGGGUUCCUUAAAAUUAUUGGAGCAAACAAUAAUGAAUUAUUUCUGGCCAUGUGUACCCAGUAUUUCUUUUCACAUAAAUGAAUAGUGUAUAAGUUAAUAUAUGUGUACAAUGAAACUUUUGCAUUAUAGUGCAAACACACCACUAGGUGUCAGUAUAAUACAACUAAAACUUUUAAAACCAAUACAUGCAACAAAAAGUACUUUAUAUACUGUAUGUGUACAUGAAUGAUAUGAAUAAAAUGUUAUUCAUUUAAAUGUAUAUAUAAAUGACAUGUAUAAUUAUAUCAAAAGAAAUGAGAUAAAAAUA